AUGUCCGCCGUCCCGGCCUGGAAGCGAUUGGGUCUGAAGCUCAAGGCUUCUGAUGGUUCCAGUCCUGCGGUUGCCCCCUCGACAACAAGCACACCAUCCGCCGCCCGUCAGCCAGUUCCCGCGCCCGCGACCAGCGCACUCAAGAGAAAACUGCCAUCCCAGCAACAGUCCUUCAACAACCAGAACGCCUACCCCACACAAAACAAGCGAUUCCGCUCCGACGCUCCCACACAAGCAGGACAGCAGAGGAAGUCCGUCUCCUUCUCGCAAGAAACCAAGACCAACUCCGUAACCGACGCCGCCGCCAAGGAGAAGAAGCGUGAGAAGAAGAAGGCCAAGAAGGCGAAGCAGGCCUCCAAGAAGUCCGCCGAACAAUCCAAGAACAAGUCCGACACCAACCUCGAGCCUUCCCUCGCCUACCUGCGCCAAUGGGCCACCGACCGCGACAGUUGGAAGUUCAACAAGAACCACCAGACGCUGCUGAUCAAGUACGUGUUCGAGCCCGACUGCAAGGUUCCCUCGGCCGACGUUCCCAUCUUCUACCAAUACAUCCGCGACCUGAAGGGUUUCGUGCGCACGCGGCUGCGGGAGCAGGCGCAGGAGAUCAAGAAGAAGGACAUGGAUGCUGGCGCGUCUGCUUUCCCCGGCGGGGACAAGGCGAAGGAGAAGAACGAGGAGAAGCAGAAGCAGUACGAGGAUGCGAUUGCGAGGUUCUUGGAGGAUCAGAAGGAGCGGGUACAAGAAAGCAAGAAGCGCAGCUUUGACGAGGUCGAGUUUGUGCUGAGGAUAGCGCCUAGCAAGGAGGGCAAGGACGGCGAGAAGAAGGAGAAGAAGAAGGAGAAGAAGGACGACAUCAAGGAGCGCUUGAUCAAGCGGAUUCGUGCUGAGAUGGUUCUUGAAGAGCUGGCCGACUCUGAGGAUGCCUCUACUGUCACCACCACCACUACUACCACCUCUACCUCGGCUUCUGCCUCCACCGCCGCCGCUGCCGCCCCUGCUCCUCAACCACAAGCCGCAAAGGCCUCGACAGACGGCCAACAACCCGCCAAGCGCCGCAGGUUACGUAACAAGCGUACGGACAUCAGCGACAGCGAGAGCUCCGACUCUUCGGAUAGCGAUAGCAGUGAUUCCGAUUCUGAUUCGGAUGAGAAGAUGGCGGAUGCGGGAGCUAAGACGGCGACUACUACCAGCAGUUCCUCUUCUUCGUCUUCGUCGUCUUCGAGCUCGGAGGCGGAGUCUGAGGAAGAUGAGAAGAGCGAGGAGAGUGAUAGCUCGGAGAGCAGCGAUAGUGAUAGCGACUAA